AGUACGAGUAGUUUGUUUGGAGGAGGUCGAUUGGUGAUGUGUACUGUUAUUGCCACGGUAGAAAUAGUCUAUUGAAAUUUGAAAAGAGCACAGAAGUGCUAUGGCACAUAUCGCGAUGUGUCGCGAUGAAGGUUUAUUAAUUAAUAAUAUUAAAAUAAAAUAAUAUUCACUAAAAUCAAUAGUGCUUAACUUUUAAUUCAUGUGCAAAUAGACAUCGUUUCCUCUAGUACUCAAUUUCAGUCAAUUAAUUUUAAUUUCACAAAUGCAGUAAAUAUGUGAAAGUGAAUGAACUUAAAAUCAACUACGAUACGUAUGCCUGUCAUGUGGCUGCAGUGGGCACCCAGUGCAAAUACACGCGUACACAUUCAUACGUCUAUGGAGGAGGCAUUUUUAGGGCAGUUGUGUACUCCAAGUUACGGUCAGCAUAAAAAUGUGAGUGUCGAUUGGAUUGAGUUCAUACUAGAAUUUGCGGCUCUGCACUACGUCCACUGUGAUGAAAAGCCACGCCAUGGGAGAAAGUGCAAUUAAGCCGCAACUAAACUGAAUGAUUAGUCUGCCUUUGAGUGCGGUACACGCAUAUAGUUCGUCAGCGAUAAUCGUAAAACCACUCCUACAAAAAUGUAGAAUAACAUUAAAGAUUCAAUAUAGUGUGGAAAUUCAUUUUAUCAAAUAUUUGUAAUAAAGAAACAAACUCCAAUCGAUAUGCGUUUGAAAAUUGGACUGCAGUGCCAUCGCUUUGAAAUUUACGCAUUUUCUUUACUGGUCAUGGGUGUCGUUGGUUAUCUUAUUCACUUCGCAAUAGCGCUAGUUAUUGUUAAUAAAGAAGUUACCCCUACACGUGGCAUGCUUUAUCCACGAGAGUCUGAAACUCGUGAUGUACGUUCCUUAGAUGGGCUAUGGAACUUUGUCACAUCGGACGAAGCGAAUCCGACGCAAGGUGUGAGAGAUAAAUGGUUUAGUGAUGAUUUAAGUAAAGUUAAGAAUGUCAUACCCAUGCCCGUGCCAGCUAGCUACAAUGAUAUAACCACAGAUAACGCUAUUCGCGAUCAUGUGGGCACAGUGUGGUACGACCGAAAAUUUUUUGUUCCUCGAUCAUGGGCAAAGGACCAAAGGGUAUGGCUUCGUUUCGGUAGUGUACAUUAUGAAGCCUUUGUGUGGGUUAAUGGAGAAAUGGUUGUUAAACACGAGAUGGGUCACUUACCAUUCGAAGCAGAGGUAACAAGCUUCGUAAAAUACGGGGAAGAAAAUCGGAUUACUGUUAUGUGUGAUAAUGCACUAAUACAAACUACAGUGCCUCAGGGAAAAAUCAGUGAAGUAAAAAAGGAUGGAGGAGUUGCCAUAGUUCAGUCUUAUAGCUUUGACUUCUUCAACUACGCAGGAAUUCAUCGCUCCGUCCAUCUGUACACCACACCUAAAACAUUUAUUGAAGAGGUUGAAGUGACUUCUAACUUAGCUGAAAAUUCAGUUGGUCAUGUAUAUUACAAAGUCAAAGUUAGCGGAACGGCCUCGAAUGAAGCAGACAGUGCCCUACAAAUUCGGGUGCAAUUACGUAAUAAAGAAAGUGUCGUUGUAGCCAAUGGUACAUCAAAUAGUGAUUUAAAUGGUGCACUUGAAGUGAAGCAAGUGAAGCCCUGGUGGCCAUAUUUAAUGCACCCCGAACCCGGUUACCUCUACCAUAUGGAAUUGCUUUUGUAUACUGCCGAUAACACACUACUUGAUGUUUACCGACUUAAAGUAGGCAUUCGUACACUUACUUGGAACAAUACUUCUUUCCUCAUAAAUGGACGCUCAGUAUAUUUCCGAGGCUUUGGCAAACAUGAAGAUUCAGAUAUACGUGGCAAAGGAUUAGAUUUUGCUUUACUCACCCGUGACAUGAACUUGUUGAAAUGGAUUGGAGCAAAUGCUUAUAGAACGUCUCACUAUCCAUACUCAGAAGAAUCCAUGCAAUUUGCAGAUGAAAAUGGUCUUAUGAUAAUUGAUGAAUGCCCCAGCGUUGAUACAGACAACUAUAACCAAGCGCUAUUGGACAAACAUAAAUCUUCUAUGGAGCAAUUAAUACACCGCGAUCGAAACCAUCCGAGUGUAAUAAUGUGGUCUAUAGCCAAUGAACCCCGCACAAGCCCAUUCCAAGCUGACUCACAUUUUCAGUUCGUUGCUAAUUUUACACGAUCCCUUGAUAGUACUCGACCGGUAACUGCUGCAAUUGCCGUUCCCUCGGCCAGUGACAGAGCUGCAAAGCAUUUAGAUAUAAUAUGUUUUAAUCGUUACAAUGGAUGGUACAGUAAUCCUGGAAAAUUGGACAUGAUUACAACGCAUGUUGUCGAAGAAGCGAUUACAUGGAAUAAAAAACAUAACAAACCAGUCAUGAUCGGAGAAUAUGGGGCCGACACAAUCGAGGGUUUACAUUUGCUUCCAGCUUACAUUUGGUCGGAGGAAUACCAAAACGAGUUGUUUUCGAAACAUUUUAAGGCCUUCGAUAAGCUCAGAAAAAAUGAUUGGUUUAUCGGCGAAUUUGUUUGGAAUUUUGCAGACUUCAAAACUGCACAAUCAAUAACACGCGUAGGCGGUAAUAAAAAGGGCGUUUUCACACGCAAUCGUCAACCAAAAGCAACAGCACAUCUACUUCGAAAACGCUAUUUUGCUCUUGGACGCGAGUUGGACCGUUGCGAAAUUCCCGAAGAUCUAUUUCUUUAUAUCACUGAUGCAACAUCUACAGGGUCGCAUGGCAAACGAGAAACAGCAGAUUUAUAGAAUCGAUUCCAUAUGAAGGAAUGCAAAAGCUAGUAAAUGUAGUAAUAACAGCUCCAAAUCCAAGUUCAAUUAAGCAUUUAAAGUUUUGUCUUUUGACUGGCUAAAUAUUCAUAUACUACAAUAUAUAGAUGAAUGAUUUUGUAUUAAAAAAUAUUUUUAUACGCAUUUAUUAAGCUUUGAUAUACUUAAUGUUAACGGUUAAUAAAAUAUUAAAAACGUAUUUGUAUUGUACUAUAUAAUUACCCAUAUUUAGAAAAACGAAGGUUCAAAUGUAUAUUUAUAAUGAAUUAGUGACCUAGAUUUCAUUCAUAUGAUAGGCUUUUAACAGUGCAGUAAGACUUAAAAGGCAUUUCUACAAAGGAGUCAAAUUAUAAUUCUAUAUGCCUAAAUAGCACCUCAAUUCAAAAUAUAUUCACUCAUGUACAUAUAUUUACUUAAAUUAUUCACAAAUGCCUUAAAUUAUAAUUAAUAUACCAUAUUCUGUUCACUUUCUUCAAAUAAAUAGAAGUAAAAGUGUAUGUUUUAAGGGAUCAAAGAAAUAUAUAUUUUACACAC